AUGUCUCGCCAUCAUCCCGAUCUAGUAAUGUGCCGCAAACAAUCCGGCAUCGCCAUCGGCCGUCUUUGCGACAAGUGCGACGGCAAGUGCCCCGUAUGCGACUCGUACGUGCGUCCCACGACACUGGUGCGCAUCUGCGACGAGUGCUCGUUCGGCAAUUACCAGAACAAGUGCGUGGUGUGCGGUGGCGAGGGCAUCUCGGACGCGUUCUACUGCUUCGAGUGCACCAGACUCGAAAAGGACAGGGAUGGGUGUCCCAAGAUUAUAAAUCUGGGUAGUUCCAGGACGGAUGUAAGUUUCUACCUUACCCCUUCUCUGUUUGGUGGUUUUCCUUCCUUCUCAUCUUCCCUUUCGGACCUGCCGUGGAAUGAGAAAAUGGAUGGGGCUGGUUUGCCGUGGUGUGCUGUGCUGGUAGAGAUCAAGGUCAGAGGCUAA